CAGCGUCAGGCUGAUCAUCCUAACUUUCCUCACCUCUACAACUUGUUUCUCCAAUAGCACUCCUUCAUCAUGGUAGCUUCGGUCGAAGUGCUGCCUGAGGGCAUCGGCUCGUUGCUCGACACUGAUCUUUACAAGCUCACUAUGCAAUGCGCCGUCUUGAAGUACUUCCCCAAAAUCGAGGUUACUUACAGAUUCACCAACCGUACCGCCGACCUCAAACUCAACCGACAAGCCUACCACUGGUUGCAAAAGCAAAUCGCUAAGCUGGCCCAAAUUCGCGUUACGGACGAAGAGAUCGAUUACCUGCGCCAGCACUGCUCUUACUUGAGCUCCGAGUACCUCGAGUUCUUGCAUGACUUCUCACUCCGCCCUGAGGAGCAAGUCGAGCUCUCUUUCAAGCCAACUUCCUCCAGCGACAACGAGACCGAGUCAGAUGAGGGAGAUAUCUCUCUUUUCGUAAAGGGCCGCUGGCUGGACACAAUCCUCUACGAGAUUCCGUUGCUUGCUCUCGUUUCCGAGGCAUACUUCAAGUUCUGCGACACAGACUGGGACCACGAGGGUCAGAUCGACAAGGCAUAUGAGAAGGGUCUCCGUCUGCUCGAGGCAGGCUGCUCUUUCUCAGAAUUUGGCAGCAGAAGAAGAAGAGACUAUAAGACUCACGAUAUGGUUAUGCAGGGCUUGAGUCAAGCGAAAGAUGAAGCCACAAAGCGCAGUUUCCCUGGAAAGUGGGCUGGCACCAGCAACGUCCACAUGGCCAUGAAGUACAACGUGCCUGCUGUAGGAACCGUCGCUCAUGAGUGGUUCAUGGGCAUUGCCGCUAUCACCGACAACUACACCAAGGCCAAUGAGACCGCCCUGCAGUACUGGAGUGGCACCUUCGGCCGUGGAGUCUUGAGCAUUGCUCUCACCGACACAUUCGGCACGCCCGACUUCCUCAAAGCCUUCAAAAGACCCGCACCGCCAGGCCACUCGCGCGACCCCAGUCUGGACAAGCCGAACCCGAGCUUCGCCGAAGUCUACACAGGAACCCGACAAGACUCUGGUAGCCCAUUCGAGUUCAUCAAGAGAAUGCGCGACUUCUACGAUGAGCAGAACAUCACAUCCCACAAGACCAUCGUCUUCUCCGACUCGCUGAAUGUGGACCGCUGCAUUGAAUACAUGCAUGCGACACAAGCCGUCAAGUUGGUACCCAGCUUUGGCGUGGGAACCUUCUUCACAAACGACUUCAGCAAGAAGAGCUCAGGCGAGAAGAGCGUACCACUUAACAUUGUCAUCAAGUUGUUCGAGGCGGAUGGCAGGCCGUGUAUCAAGAUCAGUGAUAACCUGGGUAAGAACAUGGGCGAUUCAGAGCUGGUGGCCAAGGUCAAGCAUGAACUGGGCUAUGUCGAGAAGAACUGGUCUGGAGGUGAUGAGACCAAGAGAUGGGGAACGGCAAAGGACAGCGCUUAAUGGGGUAAGAUGCGGCUGACAUGGAAGGAUGCGAGGAUGAUGACAAGACGUGACUGCGCAUCUGCGGCGCGUAUACUUAGCCACGACAUGACGAGUACAUAAGCAUAGAGACAAUAGACUGGCGCAGGCAGCGACUUAACAUGGCUCGUAUUGGCUCGCUCGGACAUGCAAGUGAUGGAGUACUCGUACGACAGUCGUCUGAUGCUGAAGCUUGGCUGUUCCUUUCCAACGUAUCGCUCACCCGUGGCCUCUAGUCAAUAUCAAACUCAUC